AUCGCGUCGAAUGCUCCGCAGAAUAGCCACCGUAUCAAUCUUUCCUCCACGACGUUGGCAGGUGGUCUUAAUAGAAAUGUGAAGCAGUCGACGGGCGACGGGCGACAGGCAAUGGGCGAUGGGCGAAGAUCUAUAAAAGUCGAGUUUGCUCCUCGGGCCUCGAGAAGGUGAGCUGUGGAAGUGGUGGUAAUCAGUUUCAUCGGCCGCAUUUCCUUCAUUUUUUCAUUGCAUCCCCUCGUCACCACAGAGACAAGAGAACACUACUUCUUCGGCCCCUCCUACCCCGGGUUUCCGUCUCCACACGUCAUAUACAGACAUCUCCCAAGGCUGUUCCGGGCACACACAAUCCCCAAAGAGCCCCCUCCCCCGCAAAGCUUGCCCAACAUGUCGGACCGCUAUCCCUGCAUGUACUACAACACGGGCCAGUGUGUUGCCUACCCUACCAUCAACUGGAUGCCGGGUAGCCACGCGGCGUGCGAUGAGUGCCUUGGCAAGGGUUACCCUCGGGGGAUCAACCAAAGCGUCUGAGAGGUCAGGAGAGACGGGCGAGCGCCGAAACAAUACUAGGGCAGGAGCGCCAAAGCAUGGCCUUGCUGACGAAGGGCUUUGACUUUUGUUUGUUGCCUUUGGUUUGAUUUUUUUCAUUGCGUCACAUCGCAUUGCAUCAUGUGCCGUGGCAGAGUAAAAUAAGGACGCAGACGGCAAGAGGAUCAUGAUCUGGUGAGCAUCGCCCAGGUGGAAGUUGACAACGACAUAAAAGGACAGAGAGAGAGAGAGAGAGAGAGAGAGAGAGAGAGUGAGAGCAAAGGGGUUGUUGUACACGUGCAUAUGUGGUAUCAGAAGACGCGGUCAGGACGGCAACACGGGGAGGAUCGCGCGUGGAAGCAGCAAUACGGACAGCGUCGUGUGUUCGGCAAGCAUUCGCUAUUUCCCAGUAAUAUAAGUUGUUGCGGCCG